GUGCUACUGAUUAUCUGUUCAAGCCAUUAUGCAUUGAUGAGAUAUUAAACUUGUGGAUCCACUCUUGGAGGCAGAGGAAGCCUCCUAAGGAGAUCGCGCCGCCACGGAAGAGCAUUAGUCUUGUGGUUUCAGCCGAAGCAACUAUGAACAGCAUCUUGUCUUAGAUGACACGAUCACAGAUGAAGAGUUUCCAGAGGAUCCAUAGCCGACUUUGUGUGUAUCAGAAAAUUAAAUGGCAUGAUUAUAAUUACUGAGCUUCUAUGUGGCAAACAAAAUUUGGUUAUCCAUGAACUUCAAAAACCAAAUUGUUGCAGGAAAAUAAGCAUAUGCUCCAUGAAGGAAAUGCUUAGGCUCAGAAGGGUUUAUUUUAUAGUUUAUGCUUGCUUGUAUGAUUCAAGAAAAAUCUAGGGUUAAACACUUCCCUGGCCUCAGACAGAAGAAACAAGCACCUAGGAGGGAUCCGCCAUGACUAUUAGCAAGGUUGGUUAUACAUAUAGAUUUUAUGUAGCAGAUGAACACCAGUGGUAUUAAGAGCAUGGGGAACAAAUUUGAAAUGGUCCAAAAUCCACCCAAAGUGUUGUGAUGCUAAGAAGUCCUCUGUUUCUGGUUUUUCCUACUUAAAAGUAUUAAUAACAAUUAACCAAAAUGAUAUGUUAUUGUAGCUAACAAUUAAUCUAAUGAUUUCUGUAAUUAAAUUUGAUUAGAGAUUGAACAAGCACAAACCAAUAUUGAAUAUAAAUAAAUACAUAAUGUCGUUUCUAUCCUCAAUAGUCAAUUUUGGUUGCUCUUGUAGCGAAGAUCAUGAGAUUCCUGAAAAGGUUUCCUUUGGCAAAACUUUGUACCCCUUUUCAUCUUCCUAAAACCCAACUUCACACACACCUCAAACCACCUAAAGCAAACCAGACCCUUAAGAGAUACCUCAAAUCCAAUUGCACCAUCAAAGCUUUCUUACUGUUUAGAGACAUAUUGAGAAAAAGCCCUUCCACAAUUGAUAGCUACACUCUCUUGUUUGUCCUUAAAGCUUGCUCCCAAAAGUCUCUCUCACUUGAGGGGAAACAACUGCAUGCCCUUUUGCUUAAGUAUGGCUUUCAAUCCAUAGUUUACCUCCAAACAUCUCUUAUGAAUAUGUACUCUGCUGCGGGUAAUGUUGUAGAUGCACACCUAGUGUUUGAUGAAAUACCCUGCAAAAACAUAAUUUGCUGGACCACCUUGGUUUCUGCUUAUGUCGACGAUCAACAGCCUAACAAAGCUCUUCAGCUGUUCAGGCAGAUGCAGAUGCACAGUGUGGAACCUGAUCAAGUUACGUUGACAGUUGCUCUCUCUGCGUGCGCUGAUCUCGGCGCAUUGGAAAUGGGAGAAUGGAUUAAUGCUUAUGUCCGUCGUAAAUAUGAGUUCGAUACAGAUUUAAGCUUGAGCAAUGCUCUUGUUAACAUGUAUGCAAAAUGUGGGGAUAUUGGAACUGCAAGGAGAUUGUUCGAUAGCCUGCAAGAAAAGGAUGUUAUGACUUGGACAUCAAUGAUUGUGGGGCAUGCGUUACAUGGACAAGCAGAAGAAGCGCUUAAACUCUUUGGACAAAUGAAAGAAGCGAGUAAUAACACCACGAAGAACAAGAAGAACGGUAGCUAUGGAAGCUCUUCCAUUGUCCCAAAUGACGUUACUUUCAUAGGAGUUUUGAUGGCCUGCAGCCACGCGGGGCUGGUAGAGGAAGGAAAGUGGCAUUUCAAAAGCAUGUGUCAAGAGUACGGUUUGAAGCCCAGAGAAGCUCACUUCGGCUGCAUGGUGGAUCUUCUCUGCCGAGCCGGGCUUCUGCAAGAAGCUUACGACUUUAUUUCAAAGACAGAAGUGCCUUCAAAUGCAGUGGUUUGGAGGACAUUGCUGGGUGCAUGCAGCCUCCAUGGAGAUGCUGAACUUGGGUCACAAGUGAGGCAGAAGCUGCUUGAGUUGGGGCCAAGUUAUGUUGGCGAUGAUGUUGCUUUGUCCAACAUCUAUGCUGCCAAAGGCAUGUGGGAGAAGAAGGUGAUUGUUAGAGACCAAAUAAAGCAAAGAAGAUCUCCUGGUUGCAGUUCAAUUGAGGUGGGAAGGAGCAUUGCUGAAGCAAAGAAGAUCUCAAGCAGUUGAUUCUAAGUAUAUGGCCACUCUCCUGAGCUUUCAAGCCUAAACGAGUCUUGAGGGAGAACAAAGGUUGUAGUGCAACUGUGUUGCUACUUGCAACUUAAAUAUCACUACUUGUUUUAUAUUUUUCAA